AUGGAGCAAGAGUGCCGAGUGCUCUCCUUCCAGAGCCACGUCGUCCGCGGAUACGUGGGCAACCGCGCCGCUACCUUCCCACUGCAGGUGCUGGGAUUUGAAAUUGAUGCCGUUAACUCUGUGCAGUUUUCAAACCACACAGGCUACGCACACUGGAAGGGCCAAGUGCUGAACUCCGGUGAGCUGCACGAGUUGUACGAAGGCCUGAAGCUGAACAAUGUGAACAAAUAUGACUAUGUGCUCACAGGUUACACACGGGAUGCAUCCUUCCUGGCUAUGGUGGUGGACAUUGUACAGGAACUGAAGCAGCAGAACUCCAGCCUCGUGUAUGUGUGUGACCCGGUGAUGGGGGACAAGUGGAACGGUGAAGGUUCAAUGUAUGUUCCAGAAGAUCUCCUUCCAGUUUACAAAGAAAAGGUGGUGCCCAUUGCAGACAUUAUAACUCCCAACCAGUUUGAAGCUGAAUUACUGAGUGGCAGAAAGAUCCACAGUCAAGAAGAAGCUCUGGCGGUGAUGGACGUGCUGCACUCCAUGGGCCCCGACACCGUGGUCAUCACCAGCUCUGAUCUGCCUUCCCCAAAGGGUAACGACUACCUGAUUGCACUGGGCAGCCAGAGGACAAGGCGGCUUGAUGGCUCCAUUACAACAGAGCGGAUCCGGAUGGAGAUGCGCAAGGUGGAUGCUGUCUUCGUGGGCACGGGGGACCUCUUUGCUGCCAUGCUCCUGGCUUGGACUCACAAGCAUCCCAACAAUCUCAAGGUGGCAUGUGAGAAGACCGUGUCUGCCAUGCACCAUGUCCUGCAAAGGACCAUCCAGUGCGCAAAAGCCCAGGCUGGGAAGGGACAGAAGCCCACCCCAGCCCAGCUAGAGCUCAGGAUGGUGCAGAGCAAGAGAGACAUCGAGAACCCAGAGAUCGUCGUGCAGGCCACAGUGCUGUGA